UAAGGCUCCUUGAGUGGACGCCGACGAAUACAGAUGAAAGUAACGUCAAGAAACAGCCUACCAUAAUUUCUAACAAGACGUCCGAAAGCUAAGAAGAUCUUCCACACCAUCGAGACGAGCUUGGGAAGAAACAGUAGAGAAACCACCGGCAGGCGACUCACAGAACGAUCUAAACAAAAAUGUAGCAGACGGAAAUAACUCUGUCUCUCAAGAAAGAACUGGCAGUGAAGGACAGAAGACAAUGACAAGUAUGGAGAGUAACGGAUCAACUGAAGUUCGACUUCGCUCUGUGGAAGUUGGUGUCGAGGAGAACGCCAACUUCAAAGCGAGUAAAAGUGAAAUCGCUCAAAAAGAUACUACGACGAACGGAUUCCCGGACGUAAACGUUAAAAAUGGAAAAAAAAUUGAUUUAAAAGAUCCCGAAGCGUUGAAAGGUGAUCAUGUAUGCGAGGAUUCCUGUUGUGGUGACUGGACGUUAUUUACGCGGGUUUUCAAGUCGAAGAGAUUCGAAUCGGAAAAGCUCGAGGGCCUUUAUCAACGUUAUGUGUUUCGCCUGAACCAAAAGUUCAUGAGCUGGCUUAUUGGAUUGCUACUUAUCUUAACAUUCAUUCUCAUAGGUUUACAGUUCGGUAUGGAAAAUAAGAUGCAGCCAAAGAAUAAUGCCGAAGGCAUUACUCUAUGUAUAUUUGCCGUUGCUUACAUCUUGCUGGCUUUAAUUGUGAACAGAAGUGGUUCCUCACAGAGCCAUUUGAAUUGGGUUUCUUAUAUUUUGCUCGCCAUAUCUUGUGGAUUUGUUCUAGCUUCAGUGGUUUGUCCUCCUUCAGAGGAUGCAGAUCCAAGCCACCACAAAAGCCUUUAUUCGCCAUCAGAUGGCGUAUGGCUAACAACUUUCUUCGUCUAUAUGACUUACACCAUGUUGCCAGUAAGGAUGAGAAUCGCCGUCUUCGGUGGUUGCCUUCUUCCUGCGAUACAUCUUAUUUCAAGCGCUGCGAUGAAUAAUAAGGACCCAAACCUUUCAAGAUUGCUUGUUGGCAAUCUUUUCAUAUUUGUAUGUGCCAAUAUAACAGGGGUUUUUACAAAGUAUCCCACUGAGAUUUCACAACGCCGGGCUUUCUUAGAAACUAGGCGAUGUAUAGAGUCAAGGUUGACCAUCAUGAAAGAGAACCAGAACCAGGAGCGUCUAUUACUUUCUGUUUUACCAAGAUUUGUGGCUAUGGAAAUGAAAGCAGAUAUAGAAAGUGGGGCAUCUGAAACAAUGCAGUUCCACAAAAUUUACAUACAAAGACAUGAAAAUGUCAGUAUAUUGUUUGCCGAUAUUGAAGGAUUCACCAUGCUUUCAUCUCAGUGCACAGCUCAGAAGUUGGUUCAAUAUCUCAAUGAAUUAUUUGCCAGCUUUGAUAUGCUUGCUGUGGAAAACCAUUGUCUGAGAAUCAAAAUAUUGGGAGACUGCUAUUACUGUGUGUCUGGAUUACCAGAGGCUCGUCCUGACCAUGCUCACUGUUGUAUAGAGAUGGGCUUAGAGAUGAUUGAUGCCAUUGCGAGUGUACGUGAAGCAACUGGUGUUAACUUGAAUAUGAGAGUUGGCGUUCACAUGGGAAAGGUUCACAGUGGGGUGUUGGGACUUGUUAAGUGGCAAUAUGAUGUGUGGUCAGAUGAUGUAACAACUGCAAAUCACAUGGAGUCUGGAGGACUGCCAGGACGUGUUCAUAUAACAGACUCUGUACUGAACUGUUUAAGUGGAGAUUAUGAGGUUGAAGAAGGGCGUGGACAAGAACGGGAUCCUUAUCUGAAGCAGUACAAUAUUGAAUCAUACCUUAUUGUAGCUGAACAUCCAAGGAAGCGAAAAAAUACAGCUUUAAAAGAAACCAAGCAAGAUGAUCAAGACAAGAAAAUGCAGGCAAGGUUAGGUAUUACAGCUUCAAAUCAGCAAGAUCCAGAGGAUGAAGUCAAUGAAUUUCUGGGAAGCUCUAUUGAUGCCCGCAGCAUUGACAAGUUGCGCAAAGACUAUGUGCGGCCAGUACUUCUCACAUUUAAAGAUCCAGACAAGGAAGAGCUUUAUUCUCAAGAAAAGGAUAGAAUGUUCAAGUCUUACACUGCAUGCAUUCUUCUCCUCUUUGUCCUCAUAGUUAUGGUUCAGAUUACAACCCUGCCAAGAACAUAUGUGACCAUGGCUGUUUUCAUAAGUACAUUUCUUGUUGUUGGUGCCCUUUUCCUAUUGGUUAUUGCUGAGAAGUGCCAGAAUACACCAAAUGGUUUGAGGAGUAUUUCAACCAAACUUGCACAAUCUCAAACCAGUUGCAGAGUAGUAGCAACUGUAUUGGUGCUGACUUUGUAUAUUGCAGCCAUUGGAAAUUUUUUUGGCUGUGACUUGGAGAGAAAACUGAAUGCAGAAACACUUAAUUGUAGUGAAUCUCAUUCAUCUUACGUUUGGCUUCAUCCUGAUACAGCAUUCUGUGACUACCCUCAGUACUUCACUUUCAGUGUGAUGCUAGUGAUGAUAGGCUGUGCUGUUUUCCUGCAGCUUAGUACAGUGCACAAGUUUUCAAUGUUGGCAGCCAUGUCUACUAUCUUUAUAGUCUUGAUUAGAGUUGUCUUUAUGCAUCUUUUCAACAAUCAUGAUAUGAUCCAUUAUUGUUGGUUGUUACCAGAUGGAUAUAUCAAAUGGAUUGAUCUCUCCAUAGUUAUUGUUGUGAUGUUGACAAUAGCUUUAACUGCACAUGGAUACUUGCAUGAAGAAAUAUCUAGACUGGACUUUUUAUGGAAACUUCAGGCCACAGAGGAAAGGGAAGAAAUGGAAAAACUGAGAGAGUACAAUAAGAAAUUGCUGUAUAAUAUCCUCCCUGACCAUGUUGCACAACAUUUCCUUGCACAGCAAGCCAAAAAAAAUGAUGAACUUUAUUACCAGUCUUGUGAUAAGGUCAUCGUCAUGUUUUCUAGUAUCUGUAAUUUUUCUGACUUCUACACUGAGCUGGAUGCCAAUGGCGAAGGAGUUGAGUGUUUACGUCUUCUUAAUGAGAUACUGGUGGAUUUUGAUGAGCUUCUUUCAGAACCACGCUUUCAGUGCAUAGAGAAGAUUAAAACAAUCGGUGAAACAUACAUGGCUGCUGCUGGAAUUAAACCUGAAUCUCAGGAGAAACUGGCAACCCUAAGUCACAUAGUAACAAUGGCUGACUUUGCCAUGGCAAUGAAAAAGAAACUAGCUGACAUAAAUUUACAUUCCUUCAAUGACUUCAAGAUGAAAAUUGGUUUAAAUUUUGGUCCUGUUGUGGCUGGAGUGAUUGGCGCCCACAAGCCCCAGUAUGACAUCUGGGGUGAUACAGUGAAUGUGGCUAGCCGUAUGUACAGCACUGGCAAGCCUAAGCAUAUACAGGUUACACAAAGUGUUUAUAACAUUCUCUCUACACGUGGUUACACCUUUGAAUGUCGAGGCUUAGUAGCGGUUAAAGGAAAAGGCAAAAUGGUCACCUACUGGAUGACUGGCAAAGAAGGAGACCAAUCAAAUGAGUGAUCUCACAAAUUACCCAACAAUCAGUUUGUUGAAAAGUAAUAUUUAUCAUCAAAGUUAUUUGUAGGAUUAACCUUACAAAGUAUCUUUUUCUAACAUACUUACCCAGAGUCAGUCACUGCUUCUUGUUGUAUUCAAAAUGUAAUAGAUCCAAACUCCAACUUGUUUUUAUCCAGAUUAUUUAAGUUCUUGUAGUCACUGAUAACAUAGCAAUAAGGUUUCCCUUUUGGUAGCUGAAAGCAUUUCUUUGACAUAGUUUCUCUUUGAAACCCUAGAAACUUGUUACAGCUCCAGAGGACUUUACAAACCUGUUUUUCAUAGGUUUAGUGGUAUAAAAAUGCGUGUGGUCUCAGUAAUGUUAUCAUUGGCUAAUCCUCUUUGGUGCUUGAAAUGUUUUUUCAGUUGGCAGUUACUUACCUUAUACAGCAGUUGGCACAGUAGAGAUCUGCCGGUCUCUUUUUCUACAAUAUCCUCUUAAUUUUUUCUUUUUGGACAGUCUCUAAUGAUUUACAGUACAGUUCAUUGCACAUAAUGAUGUUGACAUGUUUUUUGUGAUGCUUGUGUACUUCAAUGAACUAAUAUUACAUCAGAGUAUUGAAAAUAUAUAGGUAAGACUCUCACUCUGUGGUCACAAUAUUAAUUGUCACUGUUUAACUGAUGUUUUGACACAAAAUUUUUAGAAGUCAAGAGAAAUAGCUUGUCAGUAACCGCUAAAUUUAAUCUAAUUUUCGGGAGAGAAAGUACUCUUAGGUUUCUAGUUCGUUGCUUCGUUGCUUCUUUGUGUAAAGAACUUAUUUAUAAUUUAUUUUGAAUGAUAUCACUUAAUUAUUGAGUAGAAAGCUUGCAGAAAUUUUGGGCAAUUUCAGACGACGUGGAUGACAUGCAGCAGUCUGAUUAACAAAUUCUUUAAAAGAAAGUUAAUAUAUAUAGUUAAAUUAUUAGUAUCUGAUUCUUAUGAGAUUUAAUGAAGCUACUGAGAAAGUCAUUGAGCUUUAGCUUCAAGUUAUUAGGCCUAUAAAAUAAUCCUUAAUGCUACACUAGUGAGAGUAAGUCAUUGUUUUGACUGACUGUAUUUAUUAAGAAAAACAUUGCAGUUAAAAAACUGAAUUUCGUCUCUUUACAAGUAAGAAAUAAGAAAUGAUCUUUACCUACUACUAUAAUAAAAUUACAAGGACGACUACUCUUAAAAAUCACUUAAAUGCGUCCCUCGUACUCUCAACAAUGAAUGAAUUUCCAAAUCUAUUUGUCUUUAUAAGAGGCGUGGCAAACCUUCUCCUCCUUCUCAGCUCAUAUGAAAUAGAAACUGAGGGAGGGAGGCAGGAGGCUGGUAAUCUUACUACGUGGAUCAUUAACAAUAUAUUUAAACAGAUGUUCUGUUAAAUUUUCCUGGUGGGCCCUGAUGGACUCGAGCCCUGCUAAUUGAAGGGCGUCCGAGUAGAUGGCCGGCUGUUGCUUCCUUGUAACUAGCUAACGGAAUGUUUCCUCUGGUUGUUUGUUUUUAUUAAAGCCACGUGAAGUGCCAAAGGAAAGCACUCGCAUGUAACUAGUUUCGGGUGUUAUUGUAGCCUUGAUCAAUUGAAGUAAGUGCGAAUGUCAGCAUUCCAUUUCCGUGAACAGGACAGCAACUAGUGUAUUUUGACAAUCUGAUGCAAAUUUGUGGCAUGUUGGAAGAGAUGAGGUGUUUGUAGCUUACGUGGUUGUGUAAAAUACAUUUAGUACAAGUACUUAAUUUUUAAUUUUUAUUUGAUAAAGAGAUAUCAGUAGACUUGGCUGAUUGUUGGGAAUUUUUAACUAAGUGAUUCUAGUAGAAAGUAAAUAAGCUUACGAAAGUGACCAACGUCUAUGUAGAAAUUCAAUGGCUAUGAUCUAAUAUAUUGACAGGCAACAUUCCCCUUUGUAAAUACGUCAUGGUAAAUAAAGUGUUUUGUUUUUUGGUC